AGCGAUGUGGGAGGGUCAGAGCUGGACAGGCCGCAGAGGUACGAGGGGCGGGGCCUUUGGGGGCGCGGGAGGUUGACCGGGUCUCCGUGACAGUAGGAUUCACGGCGGAGGGCCGGGUGGGGGGCGUGGCCUGGGCGGGGCGGAGGGGUGGGGCAGGGAGCCGCAAGCGCCCAGGUCGGCCCGUGGCGCUCACUACUCCCCCUGGCGGCGAGUCCCGCCCCCUUCCUGCUGGAGGAGUGUUUCUGGGUGUACCUGAAUGUUGGUGUGUACCAGUUUAUGGGUCGAAGGUUGCCAUGUUGGGGUUCCUUGGGCAGAAGGUGUUACCAUGCAGAAGCGCCUGAACCGCAGUCGGUGCGCAGCGCCGGCUGUGUGUCGGCGGAGCUGACCACACUCAGAGGUUUCGUGCGUCGGAGCGAGUCCUUGGGGGGGGCAGCUUGGCGAAUGGGUUCCAGAAGGGGUCCUCUGGAGGGUCGCUUCGGUCUGCAUGUGCUCAAGCAGUCUUGUUUCUCCCUCGACUCCUCCCCGAUUCCCUCCGCCCGAAAUCCCGAUUCCCAGCCUUGCGCGCGCCCGGAGCCCACCCCCUCUUUUGGGCGCGAGGCCCCGCCUCCCGCCCCCUUUCCUCAGCCACAAAGUUUAUUUGCAACAAAAGGGAGCGCGGAGCGAGCAGCCAAGAGGGAGGGAGCGGGUGCCGGAGCGGGAGCGCGAGGGAAGGCAGGCAGGCCGGCUGGCGGGCACGGAGCCGAGGAACAGAGCCCUGGGAUCCUGCCCGGACCGAGCCGGGCCGCGAUGCUCCGAAUCGCCCCGGCCGAAGAGGGGGCCGGCCCCGGGGGUCGGCGCUGAGGCGGGAGGGACCGCGCUGGAUGGAGCCGAUGCCGCCCGCGGCCUCAGAAACUUGAGCCGCGGCAGAUAAAACCUCUGCUUGAGUCUCUGCGCCCUCUCCCCGCAAACCCCCUCACACUGCUGCUGCAGAACCCAGGCCUUCGGACCCCGGCUGCUGCGCUCCGUCGGGGCGAGGGCGCAAGGGGGGGGUUGGCCGCGGCUCCCCGAGGCCAGCCCCCCCAGAGUGAGUGUUGCCACCAUGGCGGACGGGGCGCCCCGGUCCCCGCUCUAUCGCAGCGUCUCGUUCAAGCUGCUGGAACGCUGGAGCGGCGGGCCCGGGCCGAAGGAGGAGGCCACGGACACCCCUGGGUUGCGGCGCCGCGCCUCGUGCCGGCCCGCCGCGUCGGUCCCGGGCCAGCCCUCCCGGCGCGUGUCCAAACUGGCGUCGGGGCCCCCGGCCGCCCCCGCGCAGCCGCGCCCGCUCCGCAGCCUCUCGCCGUCGGUGCGCCAGCUCUCCCGGCGCUUCGACGCGCCGCGCCUGGACGACGACCACGCAGGGGCCCGAGACGGGGACGUCUCCCCCGGGGCCGCGGAAGAAGCGGCGGAGGGCGCGGCGCGCGGGGCCUGGCCCAGCGUCACCGAGAUGCGCAAGCUCUUCGGUGGCCCUGGCUCCAGGCGGCCCAGCGCCGACUCUGAGGCCUCGGGGACGCCCAGCCCCGACGGUGCCGUGUGGGAGCCCCCGGCCCGCGAGCCCCGGCAACCGCCGACGCCACCUCCUCGGACUUGCUUCCCCCUGGCGGGCCUGCGUUCCGCGCGGCCGCUGCCCGGCGCAGGGACCGAGGGGAGGAGGCGGCGGCAGCAGCAGCAGCAGCAACAGGAGCGGACGCAGCGUCCGGCGGAUGGUUUACAUUCUUGGCAUAGCUUCUCCCAACCGCAGGCCGGGGCCCGGGCCUCCUGCUCCUGCUCCUCCUCCAUCGCCUCCUCCUAUCCUGUCAGCCGCGGCCCGGCUGCCAGCUCCAGCGAGGAGGAAGAGGAGGUCCCGCCGCCGCCGCCGCCCGGGGCGCAGAGUCCGGCCUACCACGGAGGCCACUCCUCGGGCAGUGACGAGGACCAGGACGGUGAGGGCGGCCACCGCUGGGGAGGGAGGCCGGGACCCAGGCCUGGAAGCUCCCUCUUGGAUAAGGACUGUAGGCCAGAUAGUUAUGGGUUAAAUCUGGGCAGCAUGGAUUCAGCUGAGGGAGCCAGGAGUCCUGAGCCCCCCAAAUCUCCAAGAGCCUCUAGUGAGGAAGGACCCCGGGAGUGGGGUACUGGCUCGCCUCCCCGUGGACCAGGUCCUCAGGAGGGACUCCGGCCCAUGUCUGACACUGUGGGGGGAGCUUUCCGCGUGGCCAAGGUGAGCUUUCCUGCAUACCUAGCCAGCCCAGCAGGCUCCCGCAGUAGCAGCCGCUAUUCCAGCACGGAGACCCUCAAGGAUGAGGACCCAUGGGCUAGUCGGGGUUCUGGGGGCUGGGGCAUAUACCGCUCCCCUAGCUUUGGAGCUGGAGAGGGGCUCCUCCUAAGGCCCCAGCCUCGAACCCGCACCAAGGGACCUGUGGGCACCACGAGGGCAUUGAGAGAUGGAGGACUGGAGUUGGACAAGAACCGGCAGCGGAAGUCCCUGUCGAAUCCAGAUAUUGCCUCAGAGACCCUGACGCUGCUCAGUUUCCUUCGCUCAGACCUUUCAGAGCUCAGGGUCCGAAAGCCCGGUGGGCGCCCCAGUGACCUCGGGAGCGGCCCCUUAGAUGGCCGAGACUCACCAGCAGCAGGUGGCCCCAGGGCACAACUUGGACCCACGCCUGCCCCAGCCCCGGCGUCACCUGGCACCCGCCCCACGCUCAAAGACUUGACGGCCACCCUUCGGAGGGCAAAGUCUUUUACCUGCUCUGAGAAGCCCGUGGCCCGCCGCCUAUCCCGCACCAGCGCCCUGAAGCCCAGCUCCUCUGAGCUCCUGCUGGCGGGCCCAAGUGCCGAGGAGGACCCACUACCCCUGGUUGUCCAGGAUCAGUAUGUGCAAGAGGCCCGUCAGGUUUUUGAGAAGAUCCAGCGAAUGGGUGCCCAGCAGGAUGACGGAAGUGAUGUCCCCCCUGGAAGCCCUGUCUGGGCAGGAGACAUGACCCAAGGGCAGCGGUCCCAGGAGGAGCUCUCUGGCCCGGAGUCUAGCCUGACAGAUGAGGGCAUUGGGGCAGACCCUGAGCCUCUUGCUUCAGCCUUUUGCAGCCUGGGUACCACGGGGGUGUGGCGACCCCUUUCUUCGUCCUCAGCCCAGACCAACCACCAUGGCCCUGGGGCUGAAGAUAGUCUGGGAGGGUGGGCCCUGGUGUCCCCUGAUACCCCUCCCACACCAGGUGCCCUCCGACGGAGACGCAAAGUCCCUCCUUCAGGCCCUGGUGGGACUGAACUGAGCAAUGGGGAGGCAGGUGAGGCCUACCGGUCUCUGAGUGACCCAAUUCCACAGCGCCACCGGGCUGCCACCUCCGAGGAGCCCUCGGGGUUCUCUGUGGAUAGCAACCUUUUGGGUUCGCUGAGCCCCAAGACAGGGCUUCCAGCGGCCCCAGCUGUGGACGAGGGCUUGACCAGUGGCCACAGUGACUGGUCUGUGGGCAGUGAAGAGAGCAAGGGUUACCAGGAGGUUAUUCAGAGUAUUGUUCAGGGGCCUGGUGCUUUGGGGUGUGUGGUGGACGACAGGGUUGCUGGCAAAGCCCCCAAGAAGAAGUCUCUGAGUGACCCCAGCCGCCGUGGGGAGCCGGCUGGGCCUGGAUUUGAGGGCCUGGGAGGGGAGCCCAUCCGAGAAGUCGAGCCCAUGCUGCCUCCAUCUAGCAGUGAGCCCGUUCUUGCAGAGCGGCAGGCCGAACCAGAAGAACCCAGUCCUGCCAGGGGCCGGGCACAGUCUGAGAGGGCCCUACCCAAGACCCCACCUGCCUCCUCCACUGGCUGCCGCGACUUCCACCUUGACCCUAAACUGGCUGAUGUUCUGUCCCCACGGCUCAUCCGACGGGGUUCCAAGAAGCGCCCAGCCCGGAGCAGUCAUCAGGAACUACAGAGAGAGGAAGGCAGUGAGGACCAGGCCAGCAACCUGUCGCGGGCCCGACCAUCCUCCAAACACGUUCGCCAUGCGAGUGUGCCCGCCACCUUCACACCUAUCAUGGUGCCUGAGCCACCGACUUCCAUUGGCCCCCCCGUGGCUGUGCCGGAGCCCAUGGGCUUCCCGGCCAGGCCCCACUCCACGCUGCAGGCACCAUCACUCGAGGAUGUCACCAAGCAGUAUAUGCUGACCCUCCACGCUGGCGAGGUUCCUGCCCCAGCACCAGUGGAUAUGCCCUGCUUGACUCCCGUUGCACCGCCUUCAGCUGAGGCCAAGCCCCCUGAGGCAGCCCGGGCUCCAGAUGAGCCUGCCCCAGCCGGCAAGUGCUGCAGCAAGCCACAGGUGGACAUGCGGAAGCACGUGACCAUGACCCUGCUGGACACGGAGCAGUCCUAUGUGGAGUCGCUGCGCACCCUGUUGCAGGGCUACAUGCAGCCGCUGAAGCAGCCAGAGAACUCCUUGCUGUGUGACCCAUCACUGGUGGAUGAGAUCUUCGACCAGAUCCCCGAGCUUCUGGAGCACCACGAACAGUUCCUCGAGCAGGUGCGGCACUGUGUACAGACCUGGCACGCCCAGCAGAAGGUGGGAGACCUGCUUGUCCAGUCGUUCUCCAAGGACGUCCUGGUCAACAUCUAUUCUGCCUACAUUGAUAACUUUCUCAAUGCAAAGGAUGCCGUGCGUGUGGCUAAGGAGGCGAGGCCUGCCUUUCUCAAGUUCUUGGAGCAAAGCAUGCGUGAGAACAAGGAGAAGCAAGCGCUGUCUGACCUCAUGAUCAAGCCUGUGCAGCGGAUCCCACGCUAUGAGCUUCUGGUGAAGGACCUCCUGAAGCACACACCUGAGGACCACCCAGACCACCCACUCCUGUUGGAUGCUCAGCGGAACAUCAAACAGGUGGCUGAACGCAUCAACAAGGGUGUGCGGAGUGCCGAGGAGGCAGAGCGACAUGCCCGUGUGCUGCAGGAGAUUGAGGCUCACAUCGAGGGCAUGGAGGAUCUCCAAGCCCCUCUGCGGCGGUUCCUCAGGCAGGAGAUGGUCAUCGAAGUGAAGGCCGUUGGUGGCAAGAAGGACCGGUCCCUCUUCCUCUUCACGGACCUCAUCAUCUGCACGACCCUAAAGCGGAAAUCAGGCUCCCUGCGGCGCAGCUCCAUGAGCCUGUACACAGCAGCCAGCGUCAUUGACACGGCCAGCAAGUACAAGCUGCUGUGGAAGCUGCCGCUAGAAGAUGCGGACAUCAUCAAAGGGGCGUCCCAAGCCACCAAUCGGGAGAACGUCCAGAAGGCUAUCAGCCGCCUAGACGAGGACCUGACCACCCUGGGCCAGAUGAGCAAACUCUCUGAGAGCCUUGGUUUCCCCCACCAGAGCCUGGAUGAAGCACUGCGGGACCUCUCAGCCGCCAUGCACCGGGACCUGUCGGAGAAGCAGGCGCUGUGCUACGCGCUUUCCUUCCCCCCUACCAAGCUGGAGCUGUGCACCACGAGGCCUGAGGGCACGGACUCCUUCAUCUUCGAGUUCCCUCACCCUGAUGCCCGCCUUGGCUUUGAGCAGGCCUUUGACGAUGCCAAGAGGAAGCUGGCAUCCAGCAAAAGCUGUCUAGACCCUGAGUUCCUGAAGGCCAUCCCCAUCAUGAAAACCCGCAGCGGCAUGCAGUUCUCGUGCGCAGCGCCGACCCAGAGUAGCUGCCCAGAGCCCAUGCCCGAGGUGUGGGUGUGCAACAGCGACGGCUACGUGGGCCAGGUGUGCCUGCUGAGCCUGCGCGCCGAGCCCGACGUGGAGGCCUGCAUUGCCGUCUGCUCCGCCCGCAUCCUCUGCAUAGGUGCCGUGCCCGGCCUGCAGCGCCAUGGCCACAGGGAACGGCCGGCCUCGCUGAGGAGCGCCCCAGAGACGGCACUGGAGACCCCCGGUCCAGAACUGGACGUCGAGGCCGCGGACGAAGAAGCAGCGACGCUGGCAGAGCCAGGGCCCCAGCCCUGCCUGCACAUCUCCAUUGCAGGCUCGGGGCUGGAGAUGACACCGGGCCCCACCGAAGGGGACCCCCGCCCGGAAUUGGUGCCCUUUGACAGCGACUCCGAUGAUGAGUCUUCACCCAGCCCCUCGGGAACGCUGCAGAGCCAAGCCAGCCGGUCCACCAUCUCCUCUAGCUUUGGCAAUGAGGAGACACCGAGCUCCAAGGAGGCCACGGCAGAGACGACCAGUUCAGAGGAGGAGCAGGAUCCUGGCUUCCUGCCGCUAUCUGGCUCCUUCGGGCCUGGCGGUCCCUGCAGCACCAGCCCAAUGGAUGGGAGAGCCCUUCGCCGCUCCAGCCGUGGCUCCUUCACCCGGGGCAGCCUUGAGGACCUGCUGAGCGUUGACCCCGAGGCCUACCAGAGCUCUGUGUGGCUGGGCACUGAGGAUGGCUGCAUCCACGUGUACCAGUCCUCCGACAGCAUCCGUGACCGCAGGAACAGCAUGAAGCUCCAGCACACAGCCUCUGUGACCUGCAUCCUGUAUCUGAAUAACCAGGUGUUUGUGUCUCUGGCCAAUGGAGAACUUGUGGUCUACCAAAGAGAAGCAGGCCAUUUCUGGGACCCCCAGAACUUCAAGUCAGUGACCCUGGGUUCUCAGGGGAGCCCCAUCACCAAGAUGGUGUCUGUGGGUGGGCGGCUGUGGUGUGGCUGCCAGAACCGAGUCCUUGUCCUGAGCCCUGACACACUGCAGCUGGAGCACGCGUUCCACGUGGGCCAGGAUUCCAGCCGCAGCGUGGCCUGUAUGGUGGACUGCAGCCUAGGGGUGUGGGUGACGCUGAAAGGCAGCGCCCACGUGUGUCUCUACCACCCAGGCACCUUUGAGCAACUGGCAGAGGUAGACGUCACACCUCCCGUGCACAGGAUGCUGGCAGGCUCGGACGCCAUCAUCCGGCAGCACAAGGCUGCCUGCCUGAGGAUCACGGCGCUGCUGGUGUGCGAGGAGCUGCUGUGGGUGGGCACCAGCGCCGGCGUCGUGCUCACCAUGCCCACCUCACCCAGUACCGUCAGCUGCCCAAGAGCGCCCCUGAGUCCCGCCGGCCUAGGCCAGGGACACACUGGCCACGUCCGCUUCUUGGCUGCAGUCCAGCUGCCGGAUGGCUUCAACCUACUCUGCCCGACCCCACUGCCUCCCCCAGACACGGGCCCUGAGAAGCUGCCAUCCCUGGAGCACCGGGACUCCCCUCGGCACCGAGGACCUGCCUCAGCCAGGCCUAAAAUGCUCGUUAUCAGUGGAGGAGACGGCUAUGAGGACUUCCGGCUCAGCAGUGGGGGUGGUAGCAGCAGCGAGACCGUGGGCCGAGACGACAGCACAAACCACCUCCUCCUGUGGAGGGUGUGAGCCUGGCCGCUGUGGCCCCGGACUUGCCCUCCCACCGCCCUCAGCCCGCUUGCCUCUUCCUAGCCCGCACUUCCUAGGGGACUCCAACCAGGAGCGUCCCGCCAGGGGCGCACCUGUGCCUACGUGGGCUCCCUCCCAGCCCCGCGGAAGUGUUCCUGAGGGAACACCUGCUGGCUAGCGGGCCGGGGCCUCUGCCGGCCCUCUGGGUGCUUCGGUGCUCCCAGUCAUCGUGGGGGUGGGGCAGGGGGCAGUGGGCUGCCCAGGACCUCUGUCCCUGGAGCUUCUACCAAAGACACGGCCGGGCCUGGACCCCAUGGGGCUGGGGAGGGCCAUGUGCAAUAUUUGGAGGGUUUUCUGGGGGCAGUGGGAGGGCUGGGGACAGAAUCCUUUCCCAUGUACAGUAUUUAUGUUCCUUUUUAGAUGUGUACCUUCCCAAGCACUUAUUUAUGCAAUGACCUGGGCAGGGGGUGAUUUGAGGAAGUCACAGAAGGGAAAAGACCUUAUUCCUGCUCUGGGGCCACCCUGGGACCCUAAGCAAGCCUUCCUGGAAGGACCAAUCCCCCCCUCACUACAUACUUGCGAACAUGUGUGCACAUACACAUGGGUGUGCAUGUAUGUGCACACACGCGCACACACACACACACACACACACUGCAUGUUCAGGGCACUAAAACAUUGCCUCUCAACACACACUUUCCACGGCCUUGUCCUGAUUGGCCUGCCCUCCAGUAUCCAGAGCCAAGGACCAAGCACCCUCAGUCAUCCAGAACCAGGUGAUGACUGCAAGGGGCAAUGAUUCCCAUGUGGGGGCCUCCCCAGGCCUUGGCAUUUCCUAACUUGUUGGCAGUGCCUUUAGUCGUUUCCAAAUUUGGACUUGGACAGGGCUCUCUCUCCUGGCCUGAGCAGGGAAAAGGAAAGGGCCCUUGUUCUCCUCAGAGCUGCCCCCCAUCCCCUGUGUCUCAUGCACUGGCACAUAUGGUCACCUUGGGAGGGUGGGCCUGGGAGCCCCCUCACUCUGACCGUUGAGACCCUGUCUUCACACCCUUCCUGCCAGGGCAGUCCCUCCAGGAAGAAUGCCCAAAGCUGAGGGGCUGGACAUGGCCUCUUCAACUGGGAACCACUUGCGGGCAGCCUCUUCCCUGCUCCCUGGCCUGCAAGAGCCAGUCUGACCCCCAGGCCCCUUGCUUCUUCAGCUACAGCUCCAAAGGUCUGGUUUCAGAUGGGGUUUGUUUGGUUCUGUUUUUGUUUGGGGUGCGUGGGUCAUUGCGGUCUUAGAUUAUGUUUCUCUUGCUACCAAACAGUCAUGUAUUAACUUUCCUUGGAUGAUGAAUUUUAAAAGAGUCAAUAAAUAGAAACACCAAAUGACCAUUCCCCGUCGGUGGCAUGGUGGCCCCCAGCCACCAGCCUCAGGGCUCCCCAGUUGAUGGGCUUCCCAACACCCACUCACUUGAGCAGAAGGGAGGGCUCAGAGACCCAGAACAGAAGGGUGCUGGGAUGGCAAGGCCACCACUCUGCUGUGUUAUCCCAGGCAGGUCGCUGCCCCUGUCUGGGCUGUAGCU